UACAUCUUAGGCUGAACCGAAAGCGGUAUAGAAUGGGGAACCGGUGUCAAUUACAACAGUUUAUUUAUUUAUUUAUAGCUACGUACGGUGUGUACUGGGAACGCAGUGCUGCAGAAUUGUUUGCGCUAAUGUGUUUGCCCACUAGAUAAACUGAUCUUAUGGACCAGUUCAGUGACUGAGUCCAUGUAGUUAUAUUCUGUCAAACAUAAAAUUUCGUGGGGUACUCUUUUUAUUGUUGGACGGUCUUUAACAGUAAAACCUUAGUAGAGAUUGUUUAUAGCUCCCCUGUUAUUGACUCCCAGGCGGGUUGCGCUUACUUUCCGACGGGGGACAAUAAACGGUAAUCCGCAUGGGGCUCUUGGAAACCAUGUCCCUAAUCUAAGUCAAGAAAAAACAAAAUCUUUGCCUUCUGUUGCAACACUGCCCUCAUUAAAAUUCCAUGGGCAUCGCCUAAACUCACGUCACGAAAAUCAAACCGUUAUUACUUCGUGUUUGUGUGACAGAAACUCUGCGCGUCUUCAUGCGCGCCACACAGUGAUCACAUACACUGUAGUCUUGCCAAGCCUGUUGCCUUGAAUUAUUGCCUUCACCGCCGAGCAUUUAUCCAUACAGAAUUGUCAGUGGUCCCAGGAUUUUAGGGGUGGCGCUCCCUCCUUCCCUCCUCCUACUGUUUUUCGAUUGAACAAACUGUAUAGCUUCCCGGGUAGCAGUUCUGAGCUCAGUCGGAUUGAACAUGGAGCUCAUAUGACAUUCUGGUUUAGAACUGGCAACAUGUGCGUGCGGCUUGUGUGAGUGGAGUGGUGACACAGCGCCUUUUGGGGGAUUCGUUCGACUGGGAUACGUGGGGUUCCCAGCGUACCGACGCACCUUGUGUAAUAGAGAACCAUGAGCACUGUGGAGGAGGAGCCGGACCACAUGAUACCAUGAAGAGAAGCCUGCAGGUCCUGCGUCAUCAGUUGCUGAGCGUCCUAGUGAUCCUGGCAGUGUCAGCGGGCCUGGCGUCCUCUAACCAGGAGCCGUACACAAGCCGGACUACCCAGGGCCCUGUUGCCAUGGUAGAGCCCCACAGUGCCCCCCCCAACCAGCAGUUGGAGGGCUCCGGCAGCGGGGGUGAUGCCCCGUCCCUCCAGCGGGGGUCCUUACCCAUUAUCUGGCCCACCACGGCACAUGGCUCCUGGGGCUGGCAUCUGACCCAUCACAGCAGCCUUGGGCAGACUGUGACUCCAGCCAGUGAAAGCAGCCUUACUUACACUGCGGCGACAGUAACUCUUAGCACUGUGACAAUAAAGCAAGACCCCAGCCCAGACAAGAGCGCCCACUUCCCCAAUUCGGAUGCUGUCCAGCCGGUCCACAGCUACAGUUCUCACCAUGCAGACGAGGUCCUUGUGCCUAACUCCGGCCCCCGUGGCCUGAAUGCUGUUGUUAACCAGGGCCACAGCCCUCUGAGCCCUGGCCCACAUGGCAAGGAUGCCCCCCCGCCCAGCAUGAUUUCAGUGAGAGGGGAUACUCUGAGCCCGGAGGUUGGUGGUCCCCCGGCCCCAAGACGUACCCUGGAACCCACAGACCCCAGUCAGCAAGACUUCACAGCUGAGCUGGAGCCCUCAUCCCUCUCCUCCUCAGUGGAUUCUGGAGCCGUACCCAAGACACCCAGGGAGCAUGCUCAAGCCACGCCCAAGCUGUCCCGACCGCACACCAUUACCGCACGGCAGGCGCACCCCCCAAGCAAUGAAGAUCCAACCGAGGAGCUCACAACUGGAAAAAGCCUUUCAGAAAUACCCCACUCCCCAGCACGCGCCUCUCCAUCCCCCUCCCCCGAAGCCCUUCCUAGUCUGGCCCCAAAGCCCAGCCCUCUCUUCUCCAAUGCUACCAAAACCAACGACACCACAGCCCAGGAGACUGGCAGUGAAGGGGGCUCCCCACUCGCCCCUCAGGUUAACGCCACAGACGAAGCCGCCCUUGUUUCAUGGUGGCCAUUUAGCAAUGCCAGUACUUAUAACAGCAGUGCGGAGGGCAGCCUGGACAAGGACAUGUCCCAGCGGAACAGUUCGUCCUUUACCGAGCCCUCUUCCACGGCCAGCAGGAACUUCCUUAACCGCCUGGUACCUACCACCACCAGGGACCCCUGGGUUAAUGACUCCAGCCCUGCUUUUGACCCGCCACUGUCACGCAGCACCAUCUGCCUGAGCAAGAUGGACAUUGUGUGGAUCGUGUUGGCCAUCAGCGUGCCUGUGUCUUCAUGCUCUGUCCUCUUGACCAUAUGCUGUAUGAGGAGGAAGAAGAAGUCUUCCAACCAGGAAAACAACCUGAGCUACUGGAACAAUGCCAUCACUAUGGACUACUUCAACAGGCAUGCUGUGGAGCUGCCACGCGAAAUAACGUGUCUUGACAACACUGAGGAGCAGGAGACCUGUCUACCCCCGAAUGGGGACUACAGUGACAGCGGGGUGGUGCUGGUAAACCCUUUCUGCCAGGAAACCCUGUUCAUCAACAGAGAGAAGGCCUGCGACAUCUAGAGAGGAGAAGGACGCUUCUGAUAGUACCAUUACAACAUGACUUUCAUAAAUAAAAGUCUGACUUUCAUAAUAAAAGUCCCCCCACCACGGCAUUCUCCCCUCCACUGUCAUUGUCAUUUUUAUACAUGUGAUAAAUCUUCAGAGACUACUUUAUACUGUAUAUUAUGAAUACAUAGACAAGACUAAGAGAAGAGCGAAAAUCAGACACUAUUUACUAAAAGGGUGCACCUGCAUAUUUUUCUGAUGUACAUUUUCUACAAAUGCUGAAUUGUGAUAAGGGUUUUUAUGUCUUUAUAAACUACAGAGUAUGUGUGAGUUUUUUUUUUUUUUUACAGUAGCUUAAUGGUGAGUGCAUUGUGGAUGCCGCCGACUAAAUUCUGCUUUAGAGAGAUAUUCUGUAAGAAUGUUGUUUCUUUUUUUCUUUUUUUUACCCAAAAUACUUACUGAAAAGCCUGUUGAACUUGAAUUAUUCACCUACGUACAUGAGGCGAUAUAGAGGUUUAGGGCAAGGUUUGUGAGGCCAGGAUUUAGCACAGGUUAUAGACAGUUAAUCAUUUGAACUGCAUCUAUAGUAGGGGGACCUGGAACAGUGGUAUAGUUUUGGGACAAUGCCCAUGAGGUAUAGUGUUGUAUCUGUAUUGACCAAAUGGAAUUGACUUUUCAAAUGCUUUUUCCUCUUCGCGUGUCACCAGCCUCUCAGUAGAGGGACCACAUUCAUGUCUUAACUCCCUUUGUCAAGCUGUCAGUCAACAACUGUUACAGCCCUUUCUGUGCUUGUAUGUUUCCAAUUGUCUGUGUGUGUGUGUGUGUGUGUGUGUGUGUGCACGUGGCUGUGCUUGAUUGUGCACUGUCUGUCUCUGUCCGUCUGCCUGUCUUUCUUUUUUUAAGGUAUGGAGUGGGUUCUGGUUUUGGCAUAUAAAAAGGUUUGUUAAAGUUGGCCCUCUAACCUUUAGAAAUAAUUGUGAGACCAAAAUGAUCUAAACUCCCUCCAUAAGUACAGUAUUUGUCCAUAAGAGUUAACUGUGUUUAUUACUGUAAUGUACAGAUAUUGAAUGAUUGUUGCUUUAACUGAUGGAUGUAAAAAUUACAUAGAAAUCAUGACCAAUGAAAAAAAUCACAGUUAAUAUUAACUGUGAGCACACAACUGUGGCAGAGUUUAAUCAAACAUACGUAUAUUAUAUUUCAUUAUUAAAACAAUUUAUGUUUAUCAUGCUUGAAAUGCUUAUCUGUUAAAUCAUACUUGUGUUUAAAAAAAACUUGUGGACAAUUUUUUUUGUUAAAUGUGUUGUCAAUCUACUGAAUGUUGAGGCUGAAAGAGCAUGCCGUGCCAUACUACAGAAUGGGGGUGUAUCUUGUGUCCAAUCAACAUUUUAUUUUUUGUAUCGUAGCAUACACUGUACUUUUUACUGCUGAGCAAUAAAAGAGAAAAGCUUUCAAUAUGUACUCCUCUAACUGAUUAAAACCCAUUUUACUCCUUACACUCCUCCCUUAAGACUGUGAUGACCACUGGUAACGUUGCAUAUUAAUGGCAUAAUAGCUCCAGAGUAAUUAUUUGUGCCACUGCCAUGUGUAAACUGGGAUAAAACCACAUAUAUAUUUUUAUAUUUUGGGGAUUUUAUUUUGUCAACUGUCUAAACGGCUGUAUGUGCUUCAGUAUUUGCAGCUUAUGGAAGAGCCAUCACUGUCUCGUAUCCAUGUUAUAAAUGCAUACAUAUGUUUUUAUUCAAUGUUAUUUCAUGUCCUUGUAUAAUACUUAUUUUUGUUAAUUGUCCAUGAACAAAAUAACGAGAAGAAUCACAACUGGCUGCAUCCAAAUCGGUAAGAGAGCAGAUGUUCAUUAAACUUGUUGGACAAAA